UGAUAUUACAAGUGCGAUGUGUGAUGAUGUGUGUAAACAAAAAAAGUGCAUUAAUGUUCCGCGAAAUGUUUGGCAAACCUGACGCAAAUCUAUGAUAAAUGUUAACUUCAUCGAAUGAUUGGAUGGACAUUGAUGUCAAGAAAUAUUUCGGUUACCAUCACAACGAAGCAUUUCAGUGAGCAUUGUGGACACCGCCAUCACGGUGAUUCUCGUAAUCUCAUCAGCCAUCGGUCGAGCAACGCCAGAUCCUCGAGCUGCAUCGUGACCCUUCCUUCCCCCCUUCUUGGACGGGAGGCCAAGUUACACGCUUGCACGCCGGAUACAUCGCGAGGCAAUUAAGGAGAUUUACGGGAAACGCAGAUGGAAAUUGGAAGGGUAUCGAGGUUGGCCGGCAUCGUUCUGGCCCUUAUCUCGAUCACGACCACGUGGUCCCGGCAUGGUUGCUGCGUCGCGGAACUUUACACCGCGUUGGCGGACAUGGAGGAAUUGUUGGAGACGGAGGCGGUGCUCAUCGACACUCUGAACGGGUACAUCAAGGCGCAGGAGGAACGUCUCGCCACUCUGAGAAAAAACGUGGAGGAUUACGCGAGAGAGCACGAGGAGGCGUCGAGAAACAUUCAGCAGUACCUGUCCAAUCCGAUCAACGCUUAUCUAUUGGUGAAACGGCUGACCACGGAUUGGAAACGGGUCGAGGAGCUGAUCACCCAGGACGUGGGCAAGUCUUUCGUGGCGAAUAUAACCAGCUCUAGGAGCGACCUUAAAUUCCCAACUGACGAGGAUCUUAAUGGGGCGGCCGUCGCUUUGAUGAGGUUACAGGACACGUACAAACUCGAGACUGCACAAGUCGCCAGGGGCGUGUUGAACGGGGUCCAAUACAGCACAGGAUUAACCGCCAGCGAUUGUUUCGAACUUGGAAGACAGUCUUAUCAUAAUCGUGAUUACUAUCACACCGUCCUGUGGAUGCAGGAAGCCAUGGAUCGUCUUCAAGAGGAACAAAACGCGACCACAACUUCGAAACCAGACAUAUUAGAGUAUUUGGCAUUCUCGACGUAUAUGCAAGGUAACGUGGCGCGAGCUUUAAGCAUGACGAACGAGCUAUUGGAAUUGGUGCCGACGCAUGAACGUGCUCUGGGCAAUAGAGCUUACUACCAAAAGGAGAUUCAGAGCAAAGCGAGCCAAUCGAAGAAAAAACGGGGCGAAGAUGGUCAAGAUGACACCGCUGUUCCUGCACAACAUUUCACAGUUGCCGAGGAAAGAGUAAAAACUUUGGACGAAAUGACAGAGAGGGAACGUUACGAGAUGCUGUGUCGUGGCGAGGUAACGAUUCCGCCAGAAGUGCAGAAGAAUCUGAAGUGUCGUUACGUCGAUCGUGGAAUUCCCUUCCUAAAAAUUGCUCCAUUCAAAGAGGAGGAAGCUUAUCUCGACCCGAGGAUAGUCGUUUACCACAACGUGAUAUACGACGACGAAAUCGAGACUAUUAAAAGAAUGGCGCAACCGAGGUUCAAGCGAGCUACUGUACAGAAUUACAAAACUGGUGCCUUAGAGAUAGCGAAUUAUAGGAUUAGUAAGAGUGCUUGGCUUCAAGAGCACGAGCACAAACACGUGGCAGCUGUGAGCAGACGUGUGGAACAUAUGACGAGCAUGACUGUCGAUACGGCAGAAGAAUUGCAAGUGGUUAAUUAUGGUAUUGGUGGUCAUUACGAGCCACAUUUUGAUUUUGCGAGGAAAGAGGAAACAAAUGCAUUCAAGAGUUUGGGAACUGGGAAUCGUAUUGCAACAGUUUUAUAUUAUAUGAGUGACGUAGAACAAGGUGGAGGUACUGUUUUCACAGCCAUUAACAUUGCUUUGUGGCCCAAGAAAGGUAGCGCCGCCUUCUGGUAUAAUCUCAAACCCAAUGGAGAGGGAGAUUUCAAAACUAGACACGCGGCAUGUCCUGUUCUCACGGGUUCCAAAUGGGUGGCAAACAAAUGGCUUCACGAAAGAGGUCAAGAAUUCCUGAGGCCGUGUACUCUCGAAAAUCAAACGGCCGAUGAAGCUGACGUCAGGCACUGAAUCGUUAUUCUGACCCCGGAUCGUCAUUAGUGAAAAUGAACAGAAAAAGAGAAUGUUGAUAAAUCUCUAAUUUCCUUAAUCGACUGCUGAAACGCGAGAAACUUAAAGUACAUCUACGCCGUUGUAAACAGUGUGUUUAACGUUGAAUGAGAAUUAUGAGAACAUUGAAAUUAAUUCGCGGUGAUUUUUUUAUAAGUCAAACAACUUUUCUCGAUGGUAAAAAAGCAUAAUUUUAAACGAUCGCAAUCUUGAUGAGAAAACUGCCAAUGUUUAAUUAUGCAUUUAAAAUAAUGAAAAAAAAUAUAUAUUUUUAUUUUUUAUCUUGUAAGAAAUAUUACAAAAAUUGUACGGCAGUUUUCUUUUUAUAAAUUCGUUCAUUGUAAUCUAUGAAUAAUAUUAUCCUUAGAUCCUAGGAUUUUUACAGAAGCACGUAGGCGGUAGCGUAUGUUAGAAUAUCAAGCAAUAACAAGUUGCACAUUUGGGCCAGUUACUAGUUUUUUCCCUAAAAGAAAAUCGAAAUUCUUGUGAUUGUGUACAGAAGAAAAAUAUCGUGCACAGAAAUUAUAUGUAACAAUCCUGUGCAAAAUCCUAAACAUUUUCAUCGCAUUUAUUAACAUAAUUAACGUGUAAGAAUGUAAAAUGUGGAAUCUAGUAUUCCUGUGUUCAUCAAAAUAUUCUAAUGAAAUCUUUAAUCACAUCGUUCCUUCUCCUACGACAUGUUUCACCCUCUUAAUUGGGUCUUUUUUGUAAAUAGUAGUAAUAUAAUCGAGAAACGUCGACAAUUUCUUAAAUCCAUUCGUCUUGUAUACGAAUCAUUUGUAAAAAUAAGAAAAAAAUAAAAUAAAAGAGGAAAGGAGAAAUGACAAAUGGAAAGAAAUAUAGAAUCUAUCGACGGAGAAACAUGUCUGUUUUACACCGUGAUAUUGAUCUUAGCAUUUAAGAUGUUAUUUUGCGAGCUUCGAUGUCCGUCAUCGUGGAACGAACAAAAAUUUAUCGAAAUUAUUAAAGUAGAAAUCAAGUAA